UUCUACGUUACUGGUAAUGUGGUAAUUAUGGCGAAGUUUGCCAGAUAGAUGUGAAGUAUCGUAUAAAGAAUAUCAUUGAUCGUUUUAUGAAAUAAUUUUUAUUCAGCCAUACCUGAAAGUACAAUAAUAGACUUGGCUGGAACCUGCAGCCUGAUUAAAUAAAUAGUAUUGUCUAUCUCUUGAACUGCUCUACCAGCAGUAACCCAACUUCUCUUUCGUCCGGCGCAAAUAGAUUAAAUCAAAUUCAAGAAAAUUUUUUGGUGUUUUAUUAAGAGUCUUAGAUACAUAACCUUCUUAAGCGUGUAUUUGAAAGCUUAAUUUAUCUUUAGUUUUAUUUUUUUCAAUAAAAAUGCAUGUAUGAUUAAUAAACGUAUAUAAAAACAUGGAGGGGCAACAAUUUUGUUUACGAUGGCACAAUUUUCAAAACACAUUAUUGAGUUCUCUUCCUAAAUUACUUGAUGGUGGUUAUUUAACAGAUGUUACAUUAAGUGCUGGUGGUAGGCACAUACAUGCACAUAAAAUUAUUCUUUCUGCUUGUAGUUAUUAUUUUAAAGAAUUAUUUAAGGACUUAAGUUCUUUGCAACAUCCUGUAAUUGUAUUACCAGGAAUGGAAUAUGCAAAUUUAUGUGCACUUGUUACAUUUAUGUAUAAUGGUGAAGUGAAUAUUUAUCAAGAACAAUUACCUGCACUUUUGGCUAUGGCAGAUACCUUACAUAUUCGUGGAUUAGCUGAUAUAGCUGGGAAAAAUUCGAGACAUGAUAAUGGUUUAUAUGUUCAACCUACACCAGUACAGCUACAAGAAAAAGUAUUAGCCGAAACAUCAAUAAAAAAAGAAAAUAAAGACAAUACUGCAAGUGGUGGCGAAUCUUUAGAAACUGUUCUAGAAACAGAAACAACUGAAAAUGUAGAGGAAACCUUUAAUGAUCAAGAAAGUAUACCUUAUUGUGUGAAGACUAAACCUUAUUAUUCUAUUAAUGCGAAAUUAAAUACAAGAGAAAAAGUUAGUAUUCCUUCCAUUAAUGCUUCUACCAAUAAAUAUGUUGAGAAAACAUAUUCGGAAAGUGGAAUAGAUGAGAGUACACCUGCUUUAGAAGAUCAAAUUACUCCAAUAGAAGAUACAAAACCUCCUCCUGUUUGGGAUGCGAAUUUUAAAUUUCUUACCAGCUCUGUGAGCGGUAAAAGUUCUCAGAAUUAUAAUAAAUCUAGCGUUACUUGUCUUAUUUGCGGAAAGCAAUUAAGUAAUCAAUAUAACUUGCGAGUACAUAUGGAAACUCAUAGUAAUAGUUCAUAUAGCUGCACAGCUUGUUCACAUGUAUCAAGAUCACGAGAUGCCCUUAGAAAGCACGUUUCUUAUAGACAUCCAGUGGCCUCGCCACAAAAACGUUCACGUUAUAGUACACCGAAAUCAUAAAAAUUGAUAUCUUUAUCCUUGAUUUAUAUCUUUGUUUUAGGAUUAGGAUUUAUUUAAAACAUAAAUCUUUUGUGUUAUUUAAUAUCCUAAAUAUUUUACGUAUUAUUGAUCUAAGUAAAUGCGUAUUGAUUAAAAAACAAAACAAAACAAAAAAAAAACAAAAAAAAUUAUGAACUAAAAAUGAA